GGCUCAGAGGAGACAGCCCGCAGGAGGUGAUGGUCAAAGACCCUGGGAGAAGGCGGCCAGUGGGAGGAAAGGUAGUCACUUGGGGACGAGGCAGAACUGCAGAAGGUGGAGGAUUCUGGAGGUGACAGCAAGGACAGCACACAACUGCGAGGGGUGGCUGAAGCUUCUGUGCGAACACCGGCCGGGUGGAGCUAAGAAAGGAGAGCAGCGCGCCGGCGCUGCCGGAGGGUCCCGCCCGGACGGCGGGGUGCCAUGUCUCGCGAGCGGCACCCGCGCACCGACAUCCCCCGCAACCUGAGCUUCAUUGCCUCGCUGACAGAGCGAGCCUACUACCUCAGCCAGCGGCCCAGCCUCGAGGAGGAGCCAGAGGAGGAGCCAGGCGAGGGAGGGACGCGUCUCGGGGCCCGAUCCCGAGCUCCAGGUCCGAGUCGGGGGCGCCGGGCUCGUUCUGCGCCCGCCGGAGGCAGCGGGAUCCGGGCGCUCCGCAACCACAGCCCCGAUACCCGUAAGAGAGUGCGUUUCGCUGACGCGCUGGGGCUGGAGCUGGCAGCCGUGCGCCGCUUCCGCCCGGGAGAGCUGCCCCGGGUGCCCCGCCACGUGCAGGUCCAGCUGCAGAAGGACGCCCUCCGCCACUUCGCGCCGUGCCAGCCCCGCGCCCGAGGCCUCCAGGAGGCGCGCGCCGCCCUGGAGCCGGCCAGCGAGCCCGGCUUCGCCGCCCGCUUGCAGGCUCAGCGCAUCUGCCUGGAACGCGUCGAGGCGAGCCCGCUGGGCGUGGCCGGGAGCGCGCGCGUGCUGGACCUGGCCUACGAGAAGCGCGUGAGCGUGCGCUGGAGUGCAGACGGCUGGCGGAGCCAACGAGAGGCGCCCGCCGCCUACGCCGGCCCGGCCCCGCCGCCGCCGCGCGCCGACCGGUUCUCCUUCCGCCUGCCGGCGCCACCCAUUGGAGGCGCCCUGCUCUUCGCCCUGCGCUACCGCGUGACGGGCCGCGAGUUCUGGGACAACAACGGCGGCCGUGACUAUGCUCUCCGUGGGCCGGAGCACCCGGGCAGUGGCGGAAACCCGGAGCCCCAGGGCUGGAUCCACUUUAUCUGAGACGCAGGCGGCCGACGGCGGAAAAAAAUCAAAGGCACCGGGAGGGCUGGGAGAUCCCAAACAUUUGCCUGAGAGGAAUGGGAGAAACCGGGAUUGGCGGGGAGCUGUCCUAAGGAGUCAAGUCAGGGAGGGCGAGGAGAAUGGGAGAAACCAAAGGGGUGUGAAGAGUGUGUGGACUUAAAGCCGAGGAGACUGGGGUGGAUGUGAGUGGAUGAACCCACGUCAUAGAAAAGGGGGAAGGAAGGGGUGCUGGAAUAUUAGAAAAGAAGCAAAAGGACGAUGGUGACGCUGUCUUCCGUGAGUGGGUACUGGGAGAAAGUGAGUAGGUGGGUCAGACUUAGGUAGUCAAAGGUUGAGGACACCUCUUUGGUACUCAGGAGGUAUUUUAUGUGAACUAGAAACACACCACAGUUGAAAUCAUUUAGAUUGCUGGUUCACUCCCUCUUACUGGUCUUUGCCACCCCAGGUCCCACAGCCCUGCUGUCCUAGCUUUAACUCAGCUAUAAUUACCUUGCUUAAGUCCCAGGAAUUUGGCCAUUGCUUCCCAGCCCCCGGCAUUAUGACAGGAUUCCCUUGUCACCCCUGCAGUCCCUGGUUUCAGUCUUUGCUGACUGGCUGGGGAGUGAAUGGCAGGUAACAGUCAGAACUCCUUCCUCCAGGCAGCCCUGGGGAUGAAAAUGAAAGCAAAACCAACUCCAGGCCUUGUAGCUAAAUAAUGUGGUGCCUAAGGGGUGAGUGCAAUCAGGAGCUUCCAGAAAAAUGCCAGCCUUACCUUUCUGGGUGCCUUCUAAUGACCUCUAAGCACUUUAUGGACUCUCUUUGUCAAGGGACAACACGGGGUUCUUUCUGCCUCAGAAGAAAAGGGAAUCACUGACUAGCUGGAUAACUUUGGGCAAGUUAUUUCACCUUUCUGGGCCCGUUUCCUCCUUGAGAAACUGCAUUUGGAUUAGUUGAUCUCUUAGGCCCCUUCUUGCUCUGACAUUGUAUGAUCUGUGAGGGGAAGAGUGAGGAUUAGAAGCCACAUUCUCCAGCCUGCAGUUGGAGUGCUUACAGUUCAGGACACACAGUACCCCAAGCGUCUGGUUGGGCCUGAGAAUGGUCCUCCAGUUUUUGACACAUGUUCAGAGCCCAGGAAACAUCCCAUAGCCAGCCUACAGUCUCAGGGUAUUCCAGGGCCUCUUUCACCCUCUUGCUUUUUGCUCUUGCCCCACAGACUUCCAGCCUGGGUGCUAUGAGACAGCUUGUGGGAGGUGCCUCUCUCGGGGAAAAUGAUGCUUGGGAGCCCCUAAGAUGAAACAGUGUUGGGGACUUUCUUGAGGUUAAAGGAUUAUUGGUAUAAGAAAUGGAAAACAUUUCAAAUAAAGAAGCAGAGCAGCUUGAAAAUUAAAUGGUGCCAGAAGAUAGCAGUCUGUUACAUACCCUGAGCAAGUGAAUGGGAAAACUGGACUCUCCUACCCAUUCACAUUCAUGCUUUAUGUCUCCUGGUUAACCUCUGCUGGGUGUUUGUUUUUCCUCUCCUUUCACCCUGUUUCUUUUUUUUUUUUUUUUUCCCCGCCCUGUUUCUAAGUUCUCUUUCCUUCUGCCCCUCUCACCACUUUCAUUUUCUUUUAGCAUGUAGGGUAUUUACCUUCAUUUCCUCUAGUUCCAUCUGCCUCCCUCUUCAUCCUUGUUGAUCUCUGCUAUUCCUUCUCCCUUCAGAAGAGGUUCCUUUUCUCCAAGACCAUGGUUGGUCCACUUUGCUCUCUCAGGCUCCUUCUUGACAGUCUUCUAGAAGAGAGAAGAAGCAGUUCCUGAUGCUGCAGAUGAACAUGGAGCUCCCAGGUAACCAGCUCCCCAAACCCAUUUCUUUCUGUUAGUGAUUUCUCAAAACUUUUUGGAUUCCCCUUUUACCCCUCAGUGAGAGAAGGUAGACGCACACGUGCCUAUACAUGCAUUCAGAAUAGAGUAUAGGGCUUGUUUAUCAUGCCCCUCCUCUCCAAAACCCUAAUUCUUUACAGAAAAAAAAGGUUAAAAGAGAAACCCCAAGUACUCUAAUGCCCAUUUAAAUGUCAUCCUUAUCUGAUAAAGAAAACAAAGAAUUUCAUGUAUCUUGUGGAUCACCUUCAGGUCAGAAUCCCAGCAGAGUGAAGAGAGAAAGUGUACUGGAAGCCACCAAGCAAUGCACUUUUUAGUCACCAAUGAAGAGCCCAAGGGAGGAUAAUGGAGUGGGAGACGGGGUCAAGGCUCAAUGUGUAAUCUCUUGCUUAAUGUGUAUGCAUGACUGUUACCUUGUAUUUAGCAAUCUCAAGAGCCCACAUUUACUUAUCUAUCCACUAAAAUCUGGUUCCUUGCAUGCAUGAUAAUCCUGAAAACAACCUUAUGAAUGGAGUAAUGUUAUUCUUGUUUUAGAGAGAAAACAGUUUAGAAAAGCUCAGUAAUUUAUUCAAGAUCACACAACUAGUAAAUGGCAGAGCUAGGGUUGUGAACGCAGGAGAUCUCCAGAGCCUCUGUGUAUAAGCAUGAUGUCAUAAUAUUUUCCUUUAAAAACAAAAUUAAAACCUUGCCUUUAAAAAAAAAAA